AUGGUGCCCCCUUGGCCGGGGCCACUGGAGCCGCCCCGGGGGCCGGGCGUCUGGGGCGCCGAGGCUCGCGGGCCCGAGCGGGCCGGCGGGGUGGGGCGCCUUGGGGAGACGCGCGCCCCGGCGGAAGCUCGGUCAAGUUCAGGGGAGGAGGCAGCCGACGCGCUCGACACCGGGGACUCGGGAGCGCUGCAGGAAGCGAGGGGCGGUGGCGGCCGCGCCCAGGCGGACUCGGCGGCUGCGGCGGCGGGGGCGGGAUGCGGUGAAGGCCGGCCAGGGGCCCCGGCGGAGAUGAGCGCCUCUGCGGCCACCGGAGUCUUCGUGCUGUCCCUCUCCGCUAUCCCCGCCACUUACGUCUUCAACCACCUGGCCGUUCAUCACAAUUCCUGGGUAAUUGUAACUGCUGGAGUACUGGUUCUACUCAUUGUAGCUCUGUUGGCUCGUGCCCUUGUGAAGAGAAAACCACCUAGAGAUCCCCUAUUUUAUGUUUAUGCAGUAUUUGCUUUUACCAGUGUAGUGAACCUUAUUAUAGGACUUGAACAAGAUGGUAUAAUUGAUGGAUUCAUGACAUAUUACUUGAAAGAGGGUGAACCAUAUCUGAACACUGCCUAUGGGCACGCAAUCUGUUAUUGGGAUGGCUCUGCCCAUUAUAUGAUGUAUCUUGUUAUGGUGGCAGCAAUAGCAUGGGAGGAAAAUUACAGAUCGAUUGGCUUGUACUGGGUAGGCUCUAUUAUUAUGAGUAUUGUUGUCUUUCUUCCUGGAAACAUUGUGGGAAAGUAUGGAACAAGAAUUUGUCCUGCCAUUUUCUUAAGCCUGCCAUACAUUUGUCUUCCCAUAUGGGCUGGUUUCAGGAUCUACAGACAGCCUGUAGAAACAUACAGCUACCCUUCAAAGGUUGUUCAAGAAAUCCAGAAGAAGGGAUUGAUAAGAAGACCAUUUGAUUUGAUCUUUGUUAUGUAUCUCAUCUUAGCAACAGGAUUUUGCAUAUUUAGAGGUUUGAUUGCUUUGGAUUGCCCUGCUGAGCUCUGCCGUCUAUACAUACAGUUUCAAGAACCCUACAUAAGAGAUCCUGCUGCUUAUCCCAAACUUCAGAUGCUGGCAUAUAUGUUUUAUUCGGUUCCAUUCUUUGUGAUUGCACUGUACGGCCUUACGGUUCCUGGAUGUUCUUGGAUGCCUGACAUAACACUCAUUCAUGCUGGAGGACUAGCCCAGGCUCAGUUUUCCCACAUUGGUGCUUCUCUUCAUGCCAGAACUCCUUUUGUCUACAGAGUCCCUGAGGACGCUAAAAUGUUGUUCCUAGUAUUAAACCUAGUUUAUGGAAUUCUUCCUCAGUUGCUGGCCUACCGAUGUGUCUACAAACCAGAGUUUUUCAUGAAAACAAACACAGAUGAAAAAGAGGAAUAAAAAUCACUUAACGUAUUUUUUUUUGUAUCUAGGUUACUGGUUUUUGUUAUAAUUGGAAUACUGAUAG